CAGCUUUUCAAUAUGGCAGACGAUGGGUGAUUUCUGUGUUGUUAUUGUUUAGUAAUGGUUAAUUUCUCCACAUAACAAUGUAAUAAUUGCUAAAUUUCUGAUUAAUUAAGAAAGAUGUGGCCAGGUCACACUCGCUGGAUAGUUCUUGCUUGUUUGCUCUUCUUGGCUACCUUCGGAGCGUAUGGAGUGUCUCUUGUAUUGUACAUCGUUCUGGGUAUUGGAGGGAUUGUGGGCGUGGCAGUGUAUUAUGGCAGUGUGGAGUCUUCUAGUCAGUUGGAGUCGGAGAUUGACAUGCCGCUGUCCUCACCAGGCAUCAAAGCAGUUCAAAAACUCAUGGGUGGCUCAGUGAAAAUCAAAAGAUUUGAUAAAAGAAUAACAGGUUCAAGUGUUAUAGAUGAAGUUCUUCAGUCGGUGCUAGAGUAUACAGCCAGGGAUUACAUCAAGAACUGGUACAGGGAAGUCAGCGAUGACGACUACUUCUUGAUGCAGAUACAACAGUGUGUUCAAAAAGUGUUCAUUACAUUUUCACAGAGGUCCAAAGAUGUGGACUGGAUGCCAUAUUUUACACAGAGGAUGGUGGAUGACUUCGCCUCCCAUAUACGACUGUACACCCGAGCACUGGAGAAAUCAAAAGUUGCUAAUAAAGAUGAAAGAGCUCCCUUAUUGGAGCAGAACUUUUUUGACCUGGAAAUCGAAAUGGAAGGUGACAUCUGUAGAGAUUUAGUGUCCCUCUCUCCCCAAGAUGAAAGACAAUAUCUUCAAGAUCUCACAGAUGUGUUGUUAUUCCUUUUUCUACCGAUAGAGGACUAUAAUAAUAAGCCAUUUCGCUAUAUUAUACGUGAAGUAGUUGUCAACGGUAUCUUCAUUCCCACCAUUGAUCUUCUGUCUGACACAGACUACAUCAACUCAUACAUCGCAUUCAUGUGCCGAGAAGGGUCGUUUACUAAUGAGAUGUUUAUGUCUGUGAUAAAGACGACAGAUAGCAUCCCCGAGCUGGACUCUGUGAUAGAAAUUCUCGACUGUGAUAUCGCCAAGUGGCGCUCAAAGGAUACCGGUGGUAGUGAUGAUGUACAAAUAAAGCAAAACCUCAACAGCCUGCUGUUCGUAAAGAACCUGUGCGAAGAAAAGAUCAAACGGUUACGUCAGGGAAUCGAUGAUACAGAGUUUGCCCCGGAUGUUCCAGAGCACAUGCGUUCAGGGGCGACACAGUUUGUCCUCAGCUUAGAAGACAUUAUUAACAAUAACAAAGCCCUGGAGGCCUUUAUAGAGUUUAUGGGCCUUGCUGGGGGUCAGCAACUGCUAUUCUUCUACCUUAACAUCGAGGGCUUUAGGGCAGCUGCAGAACAACAGCUCAAGGAGGCCGGUAACCAUGGGAAUGGAGACGGUUACGACCUAGAGCCACUGCGGAAUCAAGUGAACAUCAUUUACAAUCAGUAUUUGUCUGAAAAGGCAUCAUCACGGGUUAGGAUAGAGCCAGACAUCUUGAAAAGAUGUGCAGCAAAAAUAAAAAAUAAGCAGAUGAAGGCGGACAUCUUUGAUGAAGUGCAAGCAAGGGUGUACCAGAUGCUACACGGAGAGCAGUAUUAUGAGGCGUUCAUACAGAGUGCGGCCUACGUGAAGGUCUUGGACGACUUGGGCUUCAACAGCAUGGACUCCAUCAGCAUUGAGGACUCCCUAGCCAUGAGUUCUUCUGAUGUUAAUGAAGACUAUGGUGAGAAUUCCAGCAAUCCAUCAUCACUGUGCAAUAACUCCCACCGGUCUGGUUCACCAUACAAAGGCAACAAUAUACUGGAAGUGUACUCCAUAUCCGCCAUGAUCUCAAUGACAGGUAUAAUCAGAGAGUCAGAGAAGACUGGUAAAUCGUACGCGGUAUUCUCAAUCCGGGUCACCAGACGAAGCUCCGAGGGGGAGGAGAUAUGGGACGUGUAUCGACGCUACAGCGACUUCCACGAUCUACAAAUGAUCAUGUCAGAAAAGUUGCCUCAUUUCCAUGGACCAUCUUUGCCACCAAAAUCGUUGUUAAGAAAUAACACUGACGAGUUUUUGGAAAAACGAAGAAAAGCUCUGGAUACAUAUUUACAGGGCCUGCUAUCUGCAGAGGUGUGGGAGAAGCAUCCUGGCGUUCAGCAGUUUGUGAUGAAGUUUCUAGCGCCCGGUAUUUGGGAGAGACACAAGAGUGAAUUGGCGCGGAAAAUGGACACCAUAGUCAACCCUCUUAAGACUGUCGGAAACGCAGUGAAAACCAUCUCUAACGAUGGGGUGUCGAAACUUAGAGGUGACUCAUUCAGCAGGAGUUCAGGAUCAGCAGCACAAGGGACCAAAGUUGGGGCUGGGUUGGAUCCAGAGUUAAAUGAGAACAUUCCACUGCGUAUCAUGCUGCUACUGAUGGACGAGGUGUUUGACCUUCGACACAAAAAUCAGUGGCUGCGACGGCAGAUUGCGAGAGUGUUGAAGCAACUCAUUAAAGCCAUCCUGGGGGACCGUAUGAACAAGAAGAUUGUUGAACAUGUAGACUUCAUGACCUCAGCGGAACAAGUAGCAGAAUACAUCAAGGCCUUUCGGGACACUUUUUGGCCAGAGGGUGUGCUGGCUGAGCCACGAGCAGCACGGGACAACAACAUCAAAAUGAGGACCAGGGUGGUCUGUAAGGCCAAAAUGCUUGGCAGUAUCCCAGAUGAACUUCGUCAUUUUCUCGGCAGCGAUACAGUACGGAUAGGAACCAGUCGAGUGUUCGACAUGUUUCAGUAUCGCAGUCUGAACAGACGUCUUGUAUAUGUAAUCCUUGAGGGCGUCAUUGAAACACUUUUUCCUGAAAACCGCUUCAAGGAACUGUUCCGAAAAAUGCAUUCACAGUCUGCUCGUUUGAAAGCAAGAAAAAAUGGAGAUCCAGUGAAAACCGCAACUGUUGGCAAGAAAACUUCCUGAUGUUAGUGUUUGUUUAUCUGUGUGUGCUAUGUAUCUAUUUAUUUAUUUAUUUUAUGAACAGGUUUAAGAUUUGAAACUGUAUUUGAAUUGUAUUUCAAAAUGGCAUUAAUUUUGUUGUUUGUGUACUUUUAAAUAAUCAACAAAUGCCAGGUUGUAGAUUUAACAUAAUUUCCGAUGUACAGAAAUAUUGUAACCAUUUUACUGAUGUAUUCAAACAGUAAGUAAUCUGAGAUUAUAUGUGUAAACUUUACAUUUAACAAGGUGUGUUCUUACUUUCUUGGCUGGAUAUUUAUGUUGAGUAUGUAUUUAUUCAUGAAUCAGUUUGAAACCUGGAGGAAACCUGCAGUUAAGCAUUCAGGCACCAAGAAAAUAUACUUCUCAACAGAGACACAGCACUCCAAUCAUCAUUACCCAAACCCCCAUAUACAAUAAACACAUCUUAACAUUACAUUAAAAAAGAUAUUUGUAAAUUGUAUUUUGACCAACUUUUGUUAAUGCUGGAAAUUUAAGUUUUAUGAAUGUAUGAAUAAAUGAAUAAAAUGUAUUUUUGAA